GUUGAAGGAAACAGAUUAAUCAAGCACAGAAUUCCUGUUUCAUUCGACAACUCUAACUAUGCUCAAAGAACUACUAUCUACUUAGGUGGAUAAGUACCAAAUGGCAAAGCAAUGCGACGGAAUCGACAUUUACUUCUUGCCCUUGCUACGCCUGCUGUAAAUCUUCUCGUGAUUGUGAUUGAAAAUCUCCCCUUUAGAUCCUCCAAAGGCAUGUCCCGUACAUGUCCCUUCACAAACCGUCUCCUCAAACUCAAACGUAACAUGACUAAUGGUUUCUCCCCGACUUUCAUGGAAGUCAUUCAGGAAAACAACAUCGAUCGUCUUCCCCUCCAGAUCCAGGCUCUUCGCUGCAGCGUUGAGCAGACUCUGCACAGCCGCUUUGGCAGCAGACUGCGUUUUGGCGCGGGUGGGGUUGUUUGAUUCGGAGGAGAGAUCACCGGUGAAGGUAACCUGGAUCGUUACCUUGUUUUUCGCUCGCCGGGAGAGGUCGGAGAGGGCAGCGACGAAGGCUUCGCGAGAUUUUAGGUCGGCGGACGUUAAGCCGAAAGUCUCGCGAGCGUCGAUCUCUUCGCCGCGGGAAUUGAAGAUCUGGGUGCCCCGGGCGUGGUAGACGUUAACGCCUACGGCUCCUCCGAGCUCGCGGAGGUCAUAACCACUAUCAGUGGACGAAGGAGCGCGAGCUUCGACGGCAGCACCGUUGUUGUUGCUUUGUACCUAGAAAACCAGAACACGAAGCGACGGUGAAAAGCCCAAGGAAUAAGCAAGCAAUAUUGAAACGCAUGGCGAACGACGGGUUAGGUCAAGUUUAAAUUUAGUGAGUAGAAGUAGGUGAAGGCCUCGCGAUGGAACUCGAGCGAGGGAGGAGCAAGAUUAGAGAUUUUUUUCGGUUGUCGUGUCGAGUGAAGACGAAGAAACACUGAUAAUUCCUUUGGCCGGCAAAGGGAGUGGUGUAGGUGCUAAGAGAGACUUGCCAGAAGCUGAGGAACCAUCCUCCGAA